UAUAAGCGAGACAUGUCAAAACAUGUUUGAACAUCGUCAGUACUUGUUAUCUCUCCGUAUCUGCGUAUUGUCAUCACAGACAGACCUGUGUACCUUCGUCCCCAUGGCAGGGCGAGCAGGGCACUUCAGAGAGAUGGACGUGUGGCACGGGACGGGAAUACUCUGAUGUGUGAGGCCUGGGUAUCACUCUGUAUUACCCAAGGAAGUGUCAGCCAUGUCAAGUCAUCUGUGGAGACAUUACACUUCAACUUGGUGUUAUGGAUCCAAAUAAGCCUCAGUUCCCAGGCCUCCCUGGUGCGAGCUGCAUGCCUUGGCUGCAGCCACAGGGGCGGGGGCUACCGACCGAGGACCCCGCCGUGGGAAGAGCCAGAGGCCUCUUGUUCCAGUCACAGCCACCUGUUGUAGGGAGAGCCAGGGGUUUCACCACCCUGGGUGAUACACCUCCAAUGCUGUAUGGAAGAGGAGCGUCUCUCCCUAUGGCUGAGCCUGCUGUUGGUUUCGCCAGGGGGCUGCCAACGCCAUCUGAUGAGGGAGGACUUGGUCGUGCCCGAGGGUUCCUACUUUCUGCUGCUAUACCAACAGUAGGAGUUGCUCGAGGGGCACCUCUUCAUGGUCCGGAUGUUCCCCCUGUGCAAGCCCCCCCAGGUCAAACCGUCACGCAAGACGUGUCGGAAGAGAUGCCAAGUCUGCAAGUUGAAGAGGAGGUAGUGAAGGUUCAGAUGCCAACCACAGGCCUAGGUUCAACUCUGGUGUCCAUGUUCCGGGACAUAGGCAUAGACCCGUGUAAGACGUCAUGGGGCAGGGGAGUUCCCCCACUGGGGAGAGGUGCAGUCGAGUUCAAACAGACAGCCCCUGAAUGUGUGGUCGCCGGCCCAGGAGGAGAUGGACCAUCUGAGGAGGCGAUGGGUAGAGGCAGCAGCUUCACUGGCAGUGGUGCGCAAUCUAAGAUGGUGGGGAUUGGAAGAGCAGGAAUAAUACCGAUGGGUGUAGGGAGAGGACACACUGUGGCGUCUGCUCUCCCCCCUGGCCCUACCCUGCUUCCUGCCCCUGCUGCCUCUCUUACGCCCCCUCCCUCCCCCCCGAAAGAGGCCCUGCAGCCCCCUGGUAGCUCACCAUCCAAGGGAGAAUUGAAGAUUGAGGCUAAUUGUGCUCCACUGCAUAAGGCUGGCACAAAAGGAACUCCGUUGACCUUAGGGUCCAACCACAUCCCCAUAGCCUGCCGGAAUGAGGCAGUCUAUCAAUACCACGUCACUUUCACACCAAAUGUGGAAUCCAUGGGAAUGCGGUUUGGCAUGAUGAAAGACCACCGCCCGACCACCGGGGAGGUCGUGGCGUUUGACGGCUCUAUUCUCUACCUCCCUGUGCGGCUUGAUGAGGUGGUUAACCUGAAGAGUGAGAGAAGGACCGACAACCAGGAGAUUGCAAUCAAAAUCCAGAUGACUAAGAUUUUGCCGCCCAGCUCAGAUCUCUGCAUCCCUUUUUAUAACGUGGUGCUGAGGAGGGUAAUGAAGAUACUGGGACUGAAGUUGGUCGGCCGGAAUCAUUACGAUCCAGAAAGCGCAGUCAUUCUUGGAAAACAUCGGCUGCAGGUGUGGCCGGGGUACUCCUCCUGCAUCAAACACACGGACGGAGGGCUGUAUCUAUCUGUGGACGUGUCGCACAAAGUCCUGAGGAACGACUCCGUCCUCGAUGUCAUGAACGUGAUCUACCAGCAGAGCCGAGAGAGCUUUCAGGACGAGUGCACCAAGGAGUUGAUCGGCAGCAUCAUCAUCACCCGUUACAACAACCGCACGUACCGCAUCGAUGACAUCGAGUGGAGUAAGUCCCCCAAGGACACCUUCACCAUGGCUGACGGCUCCCAGACCAGCUUCAUAGAUUACUACAGCAAAAACUAUGGCAUAACCAUAAAAGAGAUGGACCAACCAAUGCUUGUUCAUCGUCCAAAAGAGAGAUCCAAACCCGGUGGGAAGCAAGUCAUCACAGGCGAGAUCCUGCUCCUGCCUGAGCUCUCCUUCAUGACGGGCAUCCCUGACAAAAUGAGAAAGGACUUCCGCGCCAUGAAGGACCUGACGAUGCACAUCAACGUGAGCGCGGAGCAGCACACUCAGUCUCUGAAGCAGCUCCUGAAGAACAUUACCGGCAGCCCUGAGGCCUUGACCGAGCUGGCUCGCUGGGGCCUGGACAUCGGCCUGGACAUCAUGGUGACCCAGGGAAGGAGUCUGCCCCUGGAGACCAUCUGUCUGAAGUCUGCGUCCUUCGUCACCGGCGCUGAUGUCAACUGGUCCAGAGAGGUUGUCAGGGAUGCUUCCAUCAGCUGUAUCCCCAUGAACUGCUGGGCCAUCUUCUUCCCCCGGCGCUGUGCUGAGCAGGUGGAGGAGCUGGUGGCCACCUUCGGUAAGGUGGCUGGCCCCAUGGGCGUCCGCCUCAACCGGCCCGUCCGCGUGGAGCUCAGGGAUGACCGCACCGAGACCUACGUCAAGAGCAUCCACUCCCAGCUCACCAGCGAGCCCAAUUUGCAGAUGGUAGUGUGCAUCAUUACAGGCAACAGAGACGACCUUUACAGUGCUAUCAAGAAGCUGUGCUGUGCCCAGAGUCCUGUCCCCUCUCAGGUCAUCAACGCCCGGACCAUCUCUCAACCCCAAAAGCUGAGGAGCAUCGCCCAGAAGAUCAUGCUGCAGAUGAACUGCAAACUGGGAGGAGAGCUGUGGACCGUGAAUGUCCCUCUCAAACACCUGAUGGUGAUUGGAGUUGACGUUCACCACGACGCCAGCAGGAAACACCAGUCUGUCAUGGGAUUCGUUGCCAGUCUGAACAGUCUCCUAACCAGGUGGUACUCAAGAGUGACCUUUCAGAUGCCUCAUGAGGAGAUCAUCAACGGUUUCCGCGUGUGUCUGCUGGCGGCACUGCAGAAGUAUUAUGAGGCGAACCACAGCUUCCCAGAGAAGAUCGUCGUGUACCGUGACGGGGUGUCGGAUGGCCAGCUCAAGAUGGUGGAGCUGUACGAGGUCCCACAGCUGCUCAAGUGCUUCGAGGCGUUGCCCAACUAUGAGCCCAAGCUGACCUUCGUCGUGGUCCAGAAGCGCAUCAGCACCACCCUGUACUCAUGCAGCGGUGACCGCUUCGGCACCUCUCUGCCCGGCACGGUGCUGGACCACACAGUCACCAACAGGGAAUGGGUGGAUUUCUACCUGAUGGCUCAUCAAGUCCGGCAGGGCUGCGGUCUUCCAACACACUACAUUUCUGUGUACAACUCAGCAAAACUCACUCCAGACCACAUGCAAAGGCUGACCUUCAAGAUGUGCCACAUGUACUGGAAUUGGCCUGGGACCAUCCGUGUACCAGCGCCCUGCAAAUACGCGCACAAACUGGCUUUCCUGUCAGGCCAGUACCUCCACACAGAGCCAGCCAUCCAGUUGGCCGACAAACUCUUCUUCCUCUAGGCAAGGAAAGUGUGAGAAGGGGAGGAAACGAGCAAGUCAUAUAAUCCUGAGGGCCUUAGUGGUAGAAACGAAUGUAUAUUUUUCUUUUGGGUUUGUUCACUGUUAUUACAAUCAAACAUUGCUUUUGAGAUCAUUACUCUGUAGUUAAUCUUCAAUUAUUCCAGAAUCCUUAAAUCCGAAGUUGUAUUU